GCGCUGUUUCCAGACAGCCCACUUCUAUGUGGAAGACAGCAACUCACCCAGGGUGGUACCCAAUGAGACGAUCCCUGUCAUCCCCAUUCCAGAUGACAUGGAGGCCAUUCCAGUCAAGCAGUUCAUCAAACACAUCUCGGACCUCUACUCAAAUAACCAACAUGGAUUCUCUGAAGAUUUUGAGGAGGUUCAACGGUGCACUGCCGAUAUGAAGAUCACGUCAGAGCACUCCAACCACCCUGACAACAAGCACAAGAACAGAUACAUCAACAUAGUGGCUUAUGACCACAGCAGGGUGAAGCUGAGGCCGCUGGCUGGGAAGGACUCCAAACACACCGACUACAUCAAUGCCAACUACGUGGAUGGUUAUAAUAAGCCCAAAGCUUACAUCGCAGCCCAGGGACCUCUCAAGUCCACCUUUGAGGACUUUUGGCAGAUGGUGUGGGAGCAAAAUACCUGCGUCAUUGUCAUGAUCACGAACUUGGUUGAGAAAGGCCGAAGAAAAUGUGACCAGUAUUGGCCAGCAGAGAACAGUGAAGAGUACGGCAACAUGGUAGUCACACUGAAAAGCACCAAAGUUCAUGCCUGCUACACCGUUCGCCGCUUCACAUUAGGCAACACUAAAGUCAAAAAGGGUGGGAAGGGGAACCCCAAGGCGCGGGCCCAGAGUGAACGGGCCGUGCUCCAGUAUCAUUACACCCAGUGGCCCGACAUGGGUGUCCCUGAGUACACCCUGCCCGUCCUCACCUUUGUCCGCAGGUCCUCGGCCGCCCAGAUGCCUGACAUGGGACCCAUGCUUGUCCACUGCAGUGCUGGAGUGGGUCGGACGGGGACGUACAUCGUCGUGGACAGCAUGCUGCAGCAGAUCAAAGACAAGAGCACAGUCAAUGUACUCGGCUUCCUCAAACAUAUACGCAGCCAGCGCAACUACCUAGUCCAGACUGAGGAGCAGUACAUCUUCAUCCACGAUGCCUUGAUGGAAGCCAUUUUGGGGAAGGAGACAGUGACAGCCAGCCACCUUUACAGUUAUUUCAACAGCAUCACGACACCAGGACACAGCGGACGGACACAUCUGGAGAAACAGUUCAAGUUGGUAACACAGUGUAAUGCCAGAUUCAUGGAAUGCUUCAACGCUCAGAAGGAGUGCAACAAAGAGAAAAAUCGAAACUCCUCCGUGGUGCCAUCCGAGCGAGCGAGGGUCGGCCUAGCACCUUUGCCCGGCAUCAAAGGCACUGAUUACAUUAACGCCUCUUACAUCAUGGGUUACUAUCGGAGUAAUGAAUUCAUCAUUACCCAGCAUCCUCUGCCCCACACAACUAAAGACUUCUGGAGAAUGAUCUGGGACCACAAUGCACAAAUUAUUGUUAUGCUGCCUGCCAACCAUGGACUGGCAGAGGAUGAGUUUGUGUACUGGCCCAGUCGGGAGGAGGCCAUGAACUGCGAGGCGUUCACUGUCACCCUCAUCAGUAAAGACCAACUCUGUCUGUCCAAUGAGGAGCAGAUCAGCAUCCACGACUUCAUCCUGGAAGCUACACAGGAUGACUACGUUUUAGAGGUUCGUCACUUUCAGUGUCCCAAGUGGCCGAAGCCAGACGCGCCCAUCAGCAGCACCUUCGAGCUCAUCAACGUCAUUAAAGAGGAGGCAGCCAGCCGCGAUGGACCAACCAUCAUCCAUGAUGAGUUGGGAGCAGUGUCGGCCGGCAUGCUGUGUGCCCUCACCACACUGUCUCAGCAGCUGGAGAGUGAUGGAGCCGCCGACGUCUAUCAAGUGGCCAAGAUGAUCAACCUCAUGAGGCCAGGGGUCUUCACAGACAUAGACCAGUACCAGUACCUCUACAAAGCUCUGCUCAGCCUCGUCAGCACCAAGGAGAAUGGCUCCUGUUUUCUGACCAGGGACACUAAUGGGACCAUGGCGUCCAUGUCCGACCAGUCUGAUCAGGCAGAGAGCAUGGAGUCACUGGUCUGAGAGAGGCCCUUCAGGGGCCAAGAGCUCAGCGGUGCUGAGCUGAGUGUCUUGUGGGUCCGAGCCCACUGCGAGGUCUCUGAACCCACAACGGAGGCACUUCACUUUGUAAACUGACAAGGAACUAUUGUGAACAAGACUUUUCGAGGCCUUUUUGCCAGACUCUUGGUUAAAAUGAAUAACCUGAUUACUUUUUUACACUGAUAAAAAGUUUUUGAUAUUUAUUUUUUUCGCCAUUUUAUGUCUUAAUGUUCUCCUACUGAAGGGUUUGCACCUGCGUUUUUGAGUUUCACGAUGGCGUCAGUAGGCAACGAGAAACACUUUUCGGUCUUUUCUUGUUUGCACUAUAUAAUGUCAGUGUUACUGCCUAUACUAAAGCUGACUCACUCGGCUUUUCUCCACUCAAGCUCUGAUUUUUCUUUUUGACAUUCCUUGGCUGUGGCCCUUAUUAAAUCAACUGCUUCUGUGAAGGACAUUGUUCCGCCUGCCACCUACCAGUUGAUUUAGGGCAGUAGACGGAGGAAGGCACCAACUCUCCGCCUCAAUGACAAAAUGCUGUUUCACUUCAGCUCAGCGUGACCUCCUCCGCCCUGCUCAUCGAUAGUACUCACUACCACUCAUUUAUCACAAGAACAGAGAUCUUGGAACCUUUAGCCACAGACUAGCUUGUUGUUUUUAAAGUAGUUUUCUCUUCACUUUUUUUUUUUGCCUUGUUUUCUUGUCACUCUCCCUCUUAUUAGCGAGUCACACCCAUGUCAGAAUACCUUACAUGGUGUAAUAACUGCUACUGUGAAAUUGUAUUAUUAUUUCUUUGUAUAAUUCAUAUUAUGCUUUUUAAUAUAUGGAAAUACUGUAUG